CAUCAAUCCAGAGCAGUCAAGUUAACCUUACGAUGACCGAAGAACUAGAUAAGGAGAUUGCACCAGCACUCUCAGUGCUUCGUUUUCCACCCGAUGGUCUCUUUGACCGGCUUGAUGCCUGCUCGCCCAAGGACGGCGCCCAGAGGGUCCCCGGGAGAGUAUCGACUCGCUCUGCGGAUGAAAUCAUUAUUCGCCUAGUCACCUCGGAUCGCUGUCGCACAGCUCUCGACUGCCUCAACUUAUCGAUGACGCUUGAGCUUUUCUUCUUACCCUUUGAUAAGCGCAUGGCCUCCGAAUGUGAGUUUCGCGUAUUCUGCCGGACCGAAGACUUCAGGGUCAUGGGCAUCAACCAGUAUUGCUGGCAUAAACCAUGGCGCUAUAUUUGUCUACCAGGGGAUUGCCAGGACAGAAUCAUCGAGAAGGUCAGCUUGGAGGCACGGAAACUCAGGGUACACAUCCUAGCAGAUUUAAAGGGCAACGACAAAAUAGACAUGUUAUUAAUGCGGCAGGGUGUGUAAUUUGAUCUCUUGUACAAUGAACAAGCCAAUGGUAAAAUGUGUUUGUAAUCCAUUCCUGUAAAGGACUGUUCUAGAGAUAGAUUUCUACCACUGGUUUGCAUAAACAGCUCUACAAUGUUUUGGGAAGGUU